AGAGUUUGUUGAACCUGCUUUCUGAAACGGGCCCCUGUUGUGCCGUGUUUUCUGUUAUGUGUGGUUUUUGAAUAAAGGCAGCUCUCUGGGUCGUGCGGUGUACUGAGGCACGAGAGUUGCGGCGCCAUUUAAACCUGGGCUCCCGUCUCGUCCUUCCCGCGCUGCUCGCCACAUUGGUGUCAGAAGUGGGAUGUGGCCUGCGCAUGCGCGGGGGGAUUUGAGUUUCGCGGUCGAGCCCAUGGACAACGCACCCUGCGCUAUGGGAGCGCAGCGCCCCCCUGUGGACACGACCGGAAGGCCCGGAGGACCGGCAGCUGCCCACCGCCCCAGGACAGCGGUUAGGCUGCCGAAGUUCACUGGGGUAACGCAGUUGGAACCAUACCUGGCCCAGUUCCGGCUUGCAGCGUGGCACAACGGCUGGGGUGCCGACGAGGCGGUUGUCCACCUUGCCCUGGCAUUGGAGGGGACGGCAGCACGGGUGCUGCUCGACCUGGACCAAGCAGACCAGCGAGACCUUCAGGCCCUGAUCCAAGCGUUGGAGAGGCGGUUCGGUGAACGGGUCUCCAGCAACGAGAGCAAGCAGUUGCUGGCUUCUCACCGCCGCAGGGAGGAGGAGAGCCUGGGGGUCUACGCUGCGGAUGUCCAGCUCUUGACCCGACGCAGCUACCCGGAAUUCUCCGCGGCUACACGGGAGGCCCUGGCGCUCCACGCUUUCCUGCGGGGACUGCAGCCGGAGAGUCUGGGGCAGCAUGUCCGCCUCACCGCACCCCAGACCCUCGAUGCGGCUCUGGACCAGGCCGAACGGGCUGAGGUGGAGCUCUGCCGCCGUCGCGGUGGUGGAUCCGUGGACGCGGCUGGGGCAGCCCUCCCCCCCGGCACCAAGAACAUGGGGGUCAAGUCCAGGCAGCGGAAGGGCCGGAUCCGGACGGCCACCCUUCCCCCCACCGAGACGGCUGAGGCUUCCCUUGCGCAGUGUCGGCAGCUGGGGCUGGUCGAGGACUGCGGGUGGACGUGGCAGCGUGCCACUCAUCCUCGUCGCAGCCGCCGGCGUGGCCGUCGGAAGGCCAGACGUCGGAGGGCGGCGGAGGAUGGGGUGCCCGAACGGCGCUCCAGAGGCCCCCUACAGCGGAACCUGGUGGGGGCCCCGAUGGAGGUGGUCCCCGACCACAACCCCAGGACCGCUACUGACUGUUGGAGACAGGCGUCCCAACCCGAGGGGAAGGCUGCACCGCAACGGGGCCGCUACUGGCCGGGGCCAAGGCGGCGACGCCGGCCCCCUGAACACUCGGGACUGUGCAGUGGGUGUUGGGGUCGUCGGGACGUCUGACCCCUAAGGUGGGGGCUGUGUGGCGACUCCUACCCCCGGGGAGUCUGGGUAUUCAUAAUGUUUGGGGAAAAGGGGUUUUAUUGUCUUUGUAUAACUUGUUCUGUUAUUAGGUUAAGUGGGGUUAACGGGUUUGGGUUCUUUAUUGUUUGUGUGUUAAUUGUGAUGUGUAGUGUGAUCGGGACCAUUAGUGAGAGUGUUGUGUGUGUUGGUCAGUUGUGCCGUGUUUUCUGUU